UCACUGUAUCCCACAAUGCAUUGCGUUCACUCGCUGGAUCAUGGACCAAAGCGACAAUGAUCUUCAAGGAAGUGAUGGCUCUGGGAGUUUGGGUGGCCCAGAUGUUCGCAGACGGAUUCCCAUCAAACUCAUAUCCAAGCAGCCCAUAAGGAGCAAACCUCAGCAGCGCACCCAGAGACCAAGCAGCAGACCAUGUAAAAGUGAGGCUGGAGAAGAUGACAAUUUUGGCUUCAAACAGGAGGACAGGUUCGAUUGUGGUGCUAAAGCUGGCGAUGUGUUUGCAAGUCAGAGGAGAUUUCCCCAGCCACUGUUCUGGGACUAUAAGUUAAAUUUAAUUGGUGAGAGGGAUGAAGUUCCAAUUCACUUCUGUGACAAAUGUGGCCUCCCUAUUCAGCUAUAUGGACGGAUGAUUCCCUGUAAACAUGUUUUUUGUUAUGACUGUGCUUUGCUUCAUGAGAAGAAAGGAGAGAAGAUGUGCCCAGGUCUCACCCUCUAUAACUGCACGGAUCCAGUUCAGCGCAUCGAGCAGUGCCAGCGUGGUUCCCUCUACAUGUGCAGUGUUGUGCCGGGAUGCAAGCGUACCUACUUGUCCCAGCGUGACCUCCAGGCCCACGUUAACCACCGCCACAUGAGAGCGGCCAAGUCUUCUACAGGCCGCCAGGAGCCUGUCCACCUGCCUCCUGCAUCUGAGGUUCCUGACCGGUUCCGUGUGCCUCCACCUCACUUACCCAAGAACCACGUUCACCUUCCUAACCCGCUCCAGCAUGGCAGUCACGACCCCUACAGUCAGCCACCGCCACCAUCCGCUCAUGAUGGCCCGCCCCCGACCUCUGGUCUGGGUCCUGAGACAUUCCGCAUUGCCACGGUCACGACUCGGAAACACAGUAAUCUCAUCACUGUUCCCAUCCAAGAUGACUCCUCGUCCUCUCGUGAGCCCCUCUCUGCUGGGCCAGGCCCCGGUCAGCCCCCGCACCACCACCCUGGGGACUAUCCUGGACAGCCGCCUGUAGUGUCACACUCUCACCACAUGAUGGCACCGCCACAGCAGCACUUCGGCCCCCCACCUCCCCCUCCUCCUCCCAUCAGCCACCCAAUGCAGCAUCCUCCCCAGGCUUCUGGGACACCACACCUGGUGUACAACCAGGCACCUCCUCCUCCCAUGUCCACAGCCCCUCCACCUAUCACCCCGCCACCAGGGCACAUCAUGGGCCAGAUGCCCCCGUAUAUGAACCACCCGCCCCCUGGACCUCCUCCACAACACAGCGGCCCCCCUGUUAACGCUCCCCCACCUCACCACUACAACCCUAACUCCAUGCAGCAGUUCCCUGAAGACCAGGGCACCCUUAGUCCCCCGUUCAGCCAGCCAGGAGGGCUCAGUCCUGGGAUGUGGCCUGCUCCAAGAGGGCCCCCACCUCCACGGAUGCAGGGUCCCCCUCCACAGGGCCAGAUGCCUGGGCCACACCACCCAGAUCAGGGCCGCUAUCGGCCUUAUUAUCAGUAAACUGCCAAAUGAAUGAAUAGGCAAGAGUCUGUAUCAUUCUGUUCCAUACUACUUGUCUGAAUAAUGUGAUAGUAAACCUCAGGGUUACAGGAUGUAGGACUUUGCUUUUGAUAAAACUGCCCCCAAGCAAAUGUGUAUGUGGUGCACAUUUAGUUAACUGUGCUGAACUCCCCAUUGAACUUACUUGGACAAGAGCAGGAAUGUCCCCUUUUUUAUUAGCUUAUGGUAAAUAUCUCUGUAUAUAUGUCAGUCUCACAUAUGUGUACAUGGAAAGACGUUAACUAUGUCUCAAUAAAUUUUUAACAGAA